GAGCGCGUCACGACGCGGUACAUGACGAAGUACGAGAAGGCGCGCGUGCUGGGCACGCGCGCGCUGCAGAUCUCCAUGAACGCGCCGGUCAUGGUCGACGUCGCGGGCGAGACGGACCCCCUCAAGAUCGCCAACAAGGAGCUCCGCGAGCGCAAGAUCCCGCUCAUCAUCCGACGGUACCUGCCCGACGGCUCCUACGAGGACUGGCCCAUCCGGGACCUCAUCAUCGAC